AUGGCCAAUAACAGCUCAUUCACAGAUGGUAGUACAUCAAGACGGAGGAUUGAUGAGCGGGUGAUUCUAGUUCAGGUUCUGGUGGUUGUUUUUCUUUCCAUCAACAUCAUGCUGAUUGUGACCUUUUUUAUGAAGGAUGUUUUCUACACAACCAUGCGCUACAUCUUGUUUGCACAUGCAUUGAUGUCUGAUUGUGUCACUUUAUUCACCACUAAUUUGUUGCUGAUCUUUAGUUUUGCUGGCAAACCUGUUCACCUGUGGUCAUGUGUCACCAUGUUCAUAUUGACAACUGUGUGUAAUUUUCUCACGCCUCUCACUCUCACAGCAAUGACACUGGAGCGAUAUGUGGCCAUCUGCAUGCCGCUGCGUCACGCGGAGCUGUGCUCCACCCGCAGCACCCUGCAGGUCUUCCUCAUCAUUUACAGCCUUGGCCUCAUUCCUUGCUUUAUGAAUUUGUUGAUUUUUUUUGUGUCUGUCUCCUCUGACUUCAACAAACAUAUGGGGAUGUGCCAGGGAGAGAUGUUUGUUGUGCAUGAAUGGCAGGGUCACCUGAGGUCAGCGGUGAACCAGUUCUACUUCCUGGUCAUGUUUGUAAUAAUAGCUUUCUCUUAUAUUCAUAUCACAAAAGUGGCCAAAGCAGCAUCAGGAGAGAAUAGAACGUCGUCCAGGAAAGGUCUCAGGACUGUUCUUCUUCAUGGUUUCCAGCUGCUGCUGUGUCUCAUCCAGCUGUUCUGUCCAAUGGUAGAAGCUGCUAUUCUUCAAACAAAUAUUAUGUUGUAUAAAAAUUUCAGAUACUUUAACUACAUAAUGUUUAUUGUUGCUCCAAGAUGUCUGAGUCCUCUCAUUUAUGGUGUGAGGGAUGAAAAGUUUUUCCUUGCUCUAAAAUACUCCAUUCUCUGUGGCCUCUUAAAGAAUAAAUUGUGA